UGGUGUCUCGAGAUCCCGUAGAGCCAAAACCAUCCUCCUCGUCCCGAUCCAUUCUCUCCGACGUCUCACCGGAUCGCAGCUGUUCCUCCCCUCCCUCCUCACCGAUCUCGGCCUUUUCAAACCCUAGCUUUCUAGGGUUCGGGCUCACUGAUUCGCAGGUUUACCCCACUUCGCGACUUCGUGCUCCGUCUGCGGUCUAAAGAUGCCUCUGAGACUGGAAAUCAAGAGGAAACUUUCUCAAAGGUCGGAAAGGGUGAAAUCGGUAGAUCUACAUCCAACAGAGCCAUGGAUUCUUGCGAGUCUUUAUUCUGGUACUGUUUGUAUCUGGAACUAUCAGUCACAGACCAUGGUAAAAUCUUUUGAAGUAACUGAAUUACCAGUCCGCUCAGCAAAGUUUAUAGCACGCAAGCAGUGGGUUGUGGCUGGUGCAGAUGAUAUGUUUAUUCGUGUCUACAAUUACAAUACUAUGGACAAAAUCAAAGUAUUUGAGGCACAUACAGAUUACAUAAGGUGUGUGGCUGUACAUCCUACACUUCCUUGUGUGUUGUCAUCAUCAGAUGACAUGUUGAUAAAGCUUUGGGACUGGGACAAGGGUUGGAUGUGUACCCAAAUUUUCGAAGGACACUCUCACUAUGUGAUGCAAGUGACCUUUAAUCCAAAGGACACUAAUACUUUCGCAAGUGCCUCCUUGGACCGCACAGUAAAGAUAUGGAAUCUUGGUUCUCCUGAUCCAAAUUUUACUCUAGAUGCUCAUUCGAAAGGAGUAAACUGUGUUGAUUAUUUUACUGGUGGUGAUAGGCCUUAUUUGAUUACUGGUUCUGAUGAUCAAACCGCAAAGGUGUGGGAUUACCAAACCAAGAGUUGCGUUCAAACACUUGAAGGCCAUACACAUAAUGUUUCAGCUGUUUGUUUCCAUCCUGAACUUCCAAUAAUAAUAACAGGUUCAGAGGAUGGAACUGUCAGAAUAUGGCAUGCAACUACAUAUAGACUUGAAAAUACUCUAAAUUACGGUCUGGAACGAGUUUGGGCAGUAGGAUACAUGAAAGGAUCAAGGAGGGUUGUUAUAGGAUAUGACGAAGGAACCAUUAUGGUGAAGAUUGGCCGUGAAAUACCAGUUGCUAGUAUGGAGAGCAGUGGAAAAAUCAUAUGGGCGAAGCACAAUGAGAUUCAGACAGUUAAUAUUAAGACAGUUGGAGCAGAUUUUGAGGUGACAGAUGGCGAAAGGUUACCUUUAGCAGUCAAAGAGUUAGGUAGUUGUGAUCUCUACCCUCAAAACUUGAAGCAUAAUCCAAAUGGGAGAUUUGUUGUCGUUUGUGGAGACGGAGAAUACAUUAUAUAUACUGCAUUGGCAUGGAGGAAUAGAUCAUUUGGAUCUGCUCUGGAAUUUGUCUGGUCCACUGACGGAGAGUAUGCGAUCAGGGAAAGUACAUCGAGAGUCAAGAUCUUUAGUAAGACCUUCCAGGAGAGAAAAAGUAUUCGUCCAACCUUUUCUGCAGAGCAUAUUUAUGGUGGGACACUGUUAGCAAUGUGUUCCAAUGACUUCAUUUGUUUUUAUGAUUGGUCUGAGUGCAGAUUGAUACGUCGGAUCGAUGUCAAUGUUAAAAAUCUUUAUUGGGCUGAUAGUGGUGACCUACUGGUUAUAGCUAGUGAUACAUCCUUCUACAUUCUGAAGUACAAUAGAGAUAUCGUCUCCUCUUACCUAGAAAGUGGAAAACCGGUAGAUGACGAAGGUGUUGAAGAUGCAUUUGAGCUUCUUCAUGAAGUAAAUGAGCGUGUUCGAACUGGGAUAUGGGUUGGUGACUGUUUCAUUUAUAAUAAUUCUUCUUGGCGACUAAAUUACUGCGUUGGUGGAGAGGUCACCACCAUGUUCCAUUUGGACCGGCCUAUGUACUUGCUGGGAUAUCUUGCCAGUCAAAGUCGGGUGUAUCUUAUUGACAAAGAGUUCAAUGUUAUAGGUUACACCUUACUCCUCAGUUUAAUCGAGUAUAAAACUCUUGUUAUGCGUGGGGAUUUAGAACGUGCAAGUGAAGUUUUGCCAUCAAUUCCAAAGGAACAUCAUAAUAGUGUGGCUCAUUUCCUGGAAUCUCGGGGCAUGCUAGAGGAUGCUCUUGAAGUAGCAACAGAUCCUAAUUACAAAUUUGAUUUAGCUGUUCAGCUUGGUAGAUUGGAGAUUGCAAAGGCGAUUGCCAUGGAAGUACAAAGUGAGUCAAAGUGGAAGCAGUUGGGGGAAUUGGCUAUGUCUACCGGGAAAUUAGAGAUGGCUGAGGAAUGUCUAUCACACGCUAUGGAUUUGAGUGGCUUAUUGCUUCUUUACUCAGCUCUUGGUGAUGCUGAAGGGAUAACAAAACUUUCAUCUCUUGCAAAGGAGCAAGGAAAGAAUAAUGUUGCAUUUCUUUGUCUAUUCAUGCUAGGUAAAUUAGAGGAUUGCCUUCAGUUAUUGGUGGAGAGUAACCGUAUUCCGGAAGCUGCACUGAUGGCAAGGUCUUAUCUUCCAAGCAAAGUUUCAGAGAUUGUAUCAAUUUGGAAAAAAGAUCUCAGCAAGGUCAAUACAAAAGCUGCAGAUUCUUUGGCUGAUCCAGAAGAAUACCCUAAUUUAUUCGAGGACUGGCAGGUUGCUCUGGCUGUUGAGUCAAAUCUUGCAGAUAACAGGGGUAAGUAUCCUCCUGCUGAGGAAUACUUGAGCUACGUUGAAAAAUCAAACAUUAUUCCCGUUGAAGCAUUCAAAAGCAUGCAAGUUGUUGAAGAGAGCCUGCCUGUUGAAAAUGGUGAUUCUGGCCACAUGGUGAUGGAAGAGGAUGGAGUGGAGGAGGGUCAAGAGGAACCCGUCGAAGUUGAUGUAGAUGAUUCUACAGACAGUGCUGUCCUUGUCAAUGGGAACGAGAAUGAGGAACAGUGGGGUAUGAGUAAUGAAGGGAAUCCAUCAGCUUAAACGCUUUUGGUUGAGCAGCUGUAAAAUUGAAAUUUUGUCUGGUGAUUUAUUGUUUCCCAUCCUCAACUUUCACAUUUUCUAUAGAAAUGUUCCAUUGCUGCUGGUAUUAGAGAAAUAAGGUGUUUUUUAACCUGAAGUGUUGGAUUAGAGCCUCAACCAAGUUAUAUUACUAAAUCAUGUCUCUGUAGCAACCAUGUUCCAAUUGAUUACUCCAUAUUGUCGACAGUUGCUGCAGAAGUUUGAUCUUCAUCUGUAGUGUAAACUUUUUUGUUGCUAGUCUGGAGUCAACUUUUAAUUUCAGCUCUGUAGUUGCACUGUUGAGAGCAUGUUUGGGCCUUUUUUUUUUUGUAUUUGCCCAAGGAUGGAAAAUUGUUUGAGAGAUAAUAUAACUCCAACCAGGUUUUUGUGUACUUGAUGGUUUCCGUUUGUAAAAUACAUCAGAUUAUUGCUCGCAUUCCCUGCA